AUGGGAGUCGUGUCGCCUGAAAUGUCGACGGCAGUAGACAGGUUUGUUUUUCGUAGAAGCAAAAAGUUUACCAAUCCGGUUUUUAUCCAUAAUAUGUGUGCUUUCGUUUGGCGACCGCAUUAACGAAAUGACAAUGAAUGAAUCAUUUUUGUACAUUGUACAUGUUCCAAAUGGUUCAUCGAUAUCAAGAAAAGCCAAUUUGUUUCUUAUAAAUAGGCCAGAAAUCAAUCGUAGCGGCUAAGGUAUUUUCACUAAAUUUUUUUCAAGCUCCAAUAUUUCGGUCCAGACUUGAGGCUUGCUCGAACAAACACAGCAAUACCAAUCCGUUCAAUACAAAAUGUAGACUGCAGACAAACACAGCAAUACCAAUCCGUUCAAUACAAAAUGCAGACGAGGUACAAAACGCAGACUGAGAAUUCAUACUGAUUUUUGUCUGAUACGUGUAACAUGUCAUCUCACAACUUACCGAGCGUCACGCAAUCGCUUUUUCCACGAUUAUCUUUCACGAUUAUUUGCACUAUUGUGGAAUAUUCCUCGGCCGUUUCUUGAUCACAAUCGUUCUUAAUAUAAUUUCAAGCCUCCAUAUAGUCUUCUCACUUUGUGCGCGAGUUGGUUGGUGUGAUGUUUGUACAGAUUUUACCGACUUAAUAAAAGUAAAUGAAGAUGUAGAUGUAAAUGAAUGUCACUAUUGAAUAUUUCACAUGUGCAAUAUCCAAGAAACAAUUGACAGCUUUGCACGUGGUCCGUAAGUUUCAUCUCCUUAACCGAUAUGUGUUCAUUUUAUUGACAAAAAUGCGGACCGAGAUCAAAAUUGUUCCUUCCACUUGAUAAAUUUUCAACGUUCAGGGGUAUAUACUCAUUGAUUUUCACGUAUGUGCCGUAUAAUUACUUUUCAAUACUUAGCGUAUGAUUCAAACCACCCUCAAUCAGUAAAACGCGGUAUUGUUAAGUGCCUUUGCUAGCGCGCCAAACGUCUCGUAACAAACCCUCCGUCAUCUCCGAGGAGAAAAAACAUCUGUCAUCCGAUCUGGUUUCUAAUGCUUAUCCUUUUUCUUUCUUGCAGAAACUUACCAAGAUCGGAAAACCAAACAACAAUGCCGAACCCGCCAACGAGUUCAAAGCUACUGCGGUUUUACCUUAUGUCAAAGGUCUGUCCGAACAGCUUCGCCGUUGCCUACAACAACAAGGCGUACGCGCUGUCUUCAAGUCGGAGACUAAGCUAAGAUCUCAGUUAAUACGGCCAAAAGACGCUGUCGACCCGGCUAAACAAGAUGGCGUAGUUAACAGGAUUCCCUGUGAAUGCGGAAAGGUGGAUCGGAGAGACUGGAAGACCUAUGCAAGACAGACCUAUGCAAGACAGAAUUUAGGAGCACGAUCGAGAAAUACGACUCAGCCGUACCAAAACUUCCGCCAUUUCAGAGCAUGCCCACAACACCGGACACAAGCCACUCUGGAACGAAGUUAA